AUGUCUGAUAUUACUGAUAAAACUGCGGAGCAAUUGGAACAAUUGAAGAUCAGCGGUGAUCAACCUGCCCAAUCGGGUAGCGCUCCAUCCACCUCUGCUUCUGAAAGUGAAGUCUCCUCUGUCUCCAAGGUCGAGAACAACAACGCUUCUUUGUACGUUGGUGAAUUGGAUCCAAACAUCACUGAAGCUUUGUUGUACGAUGUUUUCUCCCCAAUGGGUCCAAUCUCCUCGAUCCGUGUUUGUCGUGAUGCCGUCACUAAGGCUUCCCUAGGAUACGCUUAUGUCAACUACACUGACUACGAAUCCGGUAAGAAGGCCAUUGAAGAGUUGAACUACGCUGAAAUCAACGGUAGACCAUGCAGAAUUAUGUGGUCUGAACGUGACCCAUCUGUUAGAAAGAAGGGUUCCGGUAACAUUUUCAUCAAAAACUUGCAUCCAGCCAUUGACAACAAGGCUUUGCACGAAACUUUCUCCACCUUUGGUGAAGUUUUGUCCUGUAAGGUCGCUUUGGAUGAAAACGGAAACUCCAGAGGCUUUGGUUUCGUCCACUUCAAGAAUGAAUCUGAUGCUAAGGAUGCUAUCGAAGCUGUCAAUGGUAUGUUGAUGAACGGUUUGGAAGUCUACGUUGCUAUGCACGUUCCAAAGAAGGACCGUAUCUCUAAGCUAGAAGAAGCUAAGGCUAACUACACCAACGUUUACGUCAAGAACAUUGACCAAGAAACUACCGAUGAAGAAUUCGAACAAUUGUUCAGCCAAUACGGUGAAAUUGUUUCUGCCGCUUUGGAAAAGGAUGCUGAAGGUAAGCCAAAGGGUUUCGGUUUCGUUAACUUUGCUUCCCACGAUUCCGCUGUCAAGGCUGUCGAAGAAUUGAACGGUAAGGAAUUCAAGUCUCAAACUCUAUACGUUGGUAGAGCUCAAAAGAAGUACGAGCGUGCCGAAGAACUAAAGAAGCAAUACGAACAAUACCGUUUGGAAAAGCUUGCCAAGUUCCAAGGUGUCAACUUGUUCAUCAAGAACUUGGAUGACUCCAUUGAUGACGAAAAGUUGAGAGAGGAAUUUGCUCCAUAUGGUACCAUCACCUCUGCUAAGGUUAUGAGAGACCAAGAAGGUAACUCCAAGGGUUUCGGUUUCGUUUGUUUCUCUUCCCCAGAAGAAGCUACUCAAGCUAUGACUGAAAAGAACCAACAAAUCGUUGCUGGUAAGCCAUUGUACGUUGCUAUUGCUCAAAGAAGGGACGUCAGAAGAUCCCAAUUGGCUCAACAAAUUCAAGCCAGAAACCAAAUCAGAUUCCAACAACAACAGCAACAAGCUGCUGCCGCUGCUGCUGGUAUGCCUGGUCAAUACAUGCCACAAAUGUUCUACGGUGUUAUGGCUCCAAGAGGUUUCCCUGGUCCAAACCCUAACAUGAACGGCCCAAUGGGUGCUGCUAUCCCAAAGAACGGUAUGGUUCCUCCUCCACAACAAUUUGCUGGUAGAAUGAACGCUCCAAUGUACCAAGGUAUGCCACCUCAAAACCAGUUCCCAAGACAUCAACAACAGCAUUACAUCCAACAACAAAAGCAAAGACAAGCUUUGGGUGAACAAUUGUACAAGAAGGUCAGUGCCAAGAUCGAAGAUGAAAAUGCUGCUGGUAAAAUCACCGGUAUGAUCUUGGAUCUACCACCACAACAAGUCAUCCAAUUGUUGGACAACGAUGAACAAUUCGAACAACAAUUCCAAGAAGCUUUGGCUGCUUACGAAAACUUCAAGAAGGAACAAGAAGCUCAAGCUUAA